AUGGUAAUCAGCGAGGAAAAGCAAGCAGCAACAGUCGGUGGCAAUGUAACCCUCCAGUGCCGGCUGCAGGCCAGCCAACCAAACAUCUUCCAAAUCACAUGGCAGAAGGAGACGGGCAACUUCACCGGGCCAAUAGCUACCUCCAGCAAAAUGUUUGGAAAUAAGAUACUGGGACCCUUCUCUAAUCGGACUGCACAAUACACAGUAGACACACUCAAUGUGUCCGCCAUUACCAUUAGCUCAGUGACCUUGGAAGAUCAGGGGUGUUUUAAAUGCAUCUUUAAUAUUUAUCCGAUUGGUGCAAAUUCUGGAACAAUCUGCCUGGACGUCUAUGAAAGAAACAUAUCAGAACCAACUCCGGAAGUUCGUCAGACCGAUUCUCAUUUUCUAGAUGAUACAAGAUUUGUUUUCACCUAG